CUGCAAAAGUUAGAAUAAGAUUUGAAUAUUCCUAUCUUUUUCUGAUUUGAAUCUGUAGCUUCUUAGUUUUGCGCCUAUAAAUGGAAGAGUAAACAGCGAUAGCUUCUGAAAACCAGACAUCAACCUGUUAAACGUCUACAGCUACCUAUCUAACAAUGUCUUCUUAUUCAUCACCAUCAUUUCUUUUUCUCGCAUUUGUUGCACUUUCUACACUGGUGAGUACUUAUGACCAUCACUUAGUGGAAGCACAAACAAAUACACCUCCAUUAGUAAAGGGACUCUCAUGGACUUUCUACAAAUCAAACUGUCCGGAACUGGAAACUAUCAUUAGGACUGAACUCAAGAAGGUCUUUGAAAAAGAUAUUGGUCAAGCUGCCGGUUUGCUUCGUCUCCAUUUCCACGACUGUUUUGUCCAGGGUUGUGAGGCGUCGGUUUUGCUUGAUGGGUCUGCUAGUGGACCAAGUGAGAAGAACGCACCACCAAACUUCUCACUCAGGCCCCAAGCCUUUAAGAUCAUAAACGACCUGCAAACUCUUGUCCAAAAAGCAUGUGGUCGUGUUGUCUCUUGUUCCGACAUUGUUGCUCUUGCUGCUCGCGACGCUGUCCAUCUGUCUGGAGGUCCAAACUACAAAGUCCCUCUUGGUAGACGGGAUGCAACUGCCUUUGCAACCAGAAAUGAAACAAUUCAGAAUCUUCCUGCUCCCACCGCAAAUACAAGUACUCUUAUUACAGCUCUUGCUGCUAAGAAUCUUACCACUACUGAUCUCGUUGCACUCUCUGGUGGUCACACCAUCGGUGUCGGAAAUUGCUCAUCCUUCACGAAUCGCUUAUACCCUACCCAAGAUCCCACCAUGAACCAGAGCUUCGCAAGCAACCUUAAAAUGACUUGCCCUAAAGCUGACACUAUCAAUACCACAGUGCUUGACAUUCGAUCGCCAAAUGUGUUCGACAACAAGUACUAUGUAGAUCUCAUGAACCGUCAAGGUCUCUUCACUUCUGACCAAGAUUUGUAUAUGGACAAUAGGACCCGACCCAUUGUCACUCGCUUUGGUGUGAAUCAAACUCUGUUCUUCGAGAAUUUCGUGUUCUCAAUGAUUAAGAUGGGCCAGUUAAACGUAUUGACUGGUACUGAAGGACAAAUUCGGGUCAAUUGCUCUGCUCGUAACCCAACCUCUUCUUCAUUCUACUUGUCCUCUGUGGUUGACGAAGAAGAAGAUCAUGAAGAUAUGUCAGCUACAUAUUAAUAAUUGUUGUGUAAUUUCAUGUUAUAUAUAUGAAGCUAUGGCCUAGCAGACACGCCUAGCUAGCCAGUUUAUGCUGUUGUCUGUAUGUAUGUAAUAUGUUCACCCGCUUUGUCUAUCAGAGCUGCAAUAAGAUGAUUAUCCAUUAAAAAUUUAGUUGAA